AUGGCGCUGUCAGAGAGCAACCCCUUCCAGGUCCAUGAUGAGCGUUUCCGCGCGAUUCUGGGCUCAGCUCCAACCCUCCAGUUACUCGCAGAAAACAAAGACUACCCUUUCGCCCACGAAGCUGGGAUAUACAUCCCCGCGACAAAACACCUGUUCAUCACCAGUAACCGAUGCAUUGAUGCGCAGAACCAGCAGACGGUUCAAAUCACCCGUGUCAAUCUAAAUGACGACCCAGUCACCUGCGAGGAGAUCCAGUCUACAAUCCUCAUGGGCAAUGGCGGUGUCAAUUACGGCGAAGACAAAGUCCUCAUUUGCGGCCAGGGCUCGAUGACACAACCCAGUGGAUUGUAUGCCAUGUCCACGACUGCCCCGUAUAAUGCGACACUUCUUGUGUCUGAGUUCUACGGCCGGCCAUUUAAUUCGGUAAAUGAUGUCGUGGUCCAUUCCGACGGGUCCAUCUGGUUCACCGAUCCGAUUUACGGCUUUAUGCAGGGAUUCCGGCCUAAGCCGUGCCUACCAUGCCAGGCGUACCGGUGGAAUCCUGCGGAUGGGAGCAUCCGAGCCAUGGCUGAUGGGUUUGGGCGACCGAACGGAAUCUGCUUCUCUCCGGAUGAAAAGACUGUAUAUAUCACCGAUACUGACCGCGUGCGCGGUGAUGGGACGACGGACGAUUACCGUGCUUCAUCAAUCUACGCCUUUGACCUCUCCACUCAUCAUGGCGAGCCCUUCCUCACGAACCGUCGUCUCUUCGCCAUGACGGACGCAAGUGUCCCAGAUGGCAUCAAGUGCGAUCUUGAUGGAAACGUGUACAGUGGCUGUGGGGAUGGUAUCCAUGUUUGGUCGCCCGGAGGUGUCCUGCUGGGGCGCAUCCGAAUUGACGGCGGCGCUGCGAACUUCUGCUUUGGACGAGAGGGGGAGAUAUUUGCGCUGAAUGAGCACAGGCUGUGGCGGAUACAGCUGGCAAGAAAUAUCAGGGGUGCUUUGCUCGGAAUAUAG